ACCAAAUGUUUCCUUUGGUAUUUGCACAAGAGAAUGUUAUACCUCUAGUGGCAGUAGGAGUGAAUUACUUAAUAUAGUGACUGGAAAAUUCAGACUGCAGUUAAGUAGUUUCCCCAUCUUGGAUACAGGUACAUACAAAAACAUAUGUCAUUUUUGAAAAAUGACAUCUUAAAUUCCCAUGUCAGUAAUUCACACAGCUCAGAGCCUGAAAGUCAAGCAAAAGACACGAGCAGGCCAUUCCAAGUUAAAUACUGUAAUUCGUCCAAAUAAAAUGACAGAACAAACUCACACCCAGAAUUCGGAUGUGCCUAUGGCUUCUGCUGGUCAUCAAACACCUACCCUCAAAGGAAAGUCUGUUAUAAAAAUGCUAAGGUACAGUUCAUCCCUUCAGGUACGUGGGAGGGCAAACUGCACGCUACAGCACUGCUGGAAGACACAUUAUCUUACAUUUUGGAGGGAGGUGUAAGGGAAGACUGGUGCACACUGUGACAGUGCGGGGAGCUGUGUCUGUGGACACAUAUCUCCUCCCAAACCCAGCUGUGUUGACAAAGAGUCCUCCCUCAGUCAGCCCAGGGGUUUGUGAGCAUUGCUUUGCAAUAGGUUACCACCCCUCUGAUCUGGAUAUACUUGUUCGAACACUCCCUAACCUCUUUCAGUGAAUAUCAUCUGGGCCAACAAACACUUAUUACUUAAAAUGUUAGGCCACGCUUGCAUAGUCAUUUUUCUCCCUUGCAAAGCAAGUUCCAGCUAUUUCUGCACCCCAGUCUUUGGCUAUGCCCUUCAACCUCAGCAUCCCCCACUCCAAUAGAUCAAUGCUCUAUUUUCCAUAUUUUCAUAAGCCUAAAUUGAUAGGCUUUAAAUUGGAUUCCUUCCAUGCUCCCGACUCACCUAACUAAAUGCUAAGGUCUACGUUGACAGAACAGAGGAUAUGGCAAGUGGUUGGAAAAAAUGGCCAUGGGGUUCCUAGGUCAGAUUUGUCCAGAGGAGAAAUGUUUACAGAGCCAUGGCCCUUUGCAUUUGUCCCUGGGAAAUGACAAGAUUUAUUUUACAAUCACGUCACAAACAAUCUGAAUGUCCUGUCAAUGUCACGCUCUGCUGAUCCAUCAAACCGAGUUGGAUCUCCACAAUCAAAGCUCUUUAUGGCCUGAGCCUUAGUGUAAGUAAUUGAAGAUGUGGCUGUUGCUGAGUUGUGUAUUCCCAUAUGUGGUUCAGAAUUCUCCAAAGGCCUGUUGCUUUUUAAAGCCUUGGAGCUUUCUGAAUUUCCAGAUCAGAGGUAACUCCAGCCCAUAUGCCUCCUAGACUCCAAUUUCUGUAAUAUGUUCACCACGUACUGAAGGUUGCAUGAACUAAGCACAGAUAUCUGCUAUCAGCAACAACAGUGUCUUGUUCUCUGCUCCCAGCCUUUUAAAAAUCCUCUGUCCUGCUGACCUUAAUAAAGAAAGAGUUCAAUAGCAAAGGUGCAUGGUUCCCAGGUAUAUUCCCAGCAGAACUCCAUGCAGGAGCCCAGAACACAUCUCAGUUCCACGCUCAAGAAACAGCGUGUAAUGCAAAGAGUCCUUCAGAAAGUAGCUAGGAUCAGAAAGAGAAGGACAAAUGGUACUUGAGGUCAACUUUUAAAGACAAAUCUAAAUAUCAGCAUAGGCAUUUGCCAGCAGGACAGCAGAGCCCUCAGUAAGGCUGCCCUGCCUCCACACUGUACAGCUGCACAAAGACUUAAUAAGUUGCACACGUGGAACAACUGAGCAGCGGAGGUGUAGAAUGGAUUGUACUGAGAGCGAAGCCGUUAAUAAGAUUUGUAUAGCAAUGCUUUUUAUGUUAAUCUCUAAAGAGUUUGCUUUUGUAACAUUUAACUGAUAAGCAUAUAAUCUAGUUUUAAUUUAAUCUCUGCAGGUGUUUCCCAAUGGUAAAUGUUAAAUUUUUAUUGCUUCCUUGGGCAGCAAUAAUAGGGAAAAUCUCUUUAAAGCUCCUACUGUCCAUUUGUAUGCAGAUAGCAUCAUAUUUUAUAAUAACUGUAAAUCUGUCAGGAGAGCCUCUUUCUUUUGAGAUGACAUUAUAAGUGUCAACCCUGAAGUAAACAUAUUUGGAAGGAAAAUGAAGUAGAGAUGUUAUUAGAGGUCUAAUGAAACAACCGUAACUGCUGAUUUCUAAGAGAUGUAUGCACACAUCCUUGAAAGAAGCAGAGCCCACGCUGAGUUUGCAGCUUUGUGUUGAGCAGGACAACGGAGGUUCUCAGCAGGGUCCAACAGACAAUACAGAAAUAGAUCCUACACUUCAUAAAGAUGAUGACUAUCUAUAAAACCCUCAGUGAUUGCUCUCUCUGAGGUUCCUAAAUGAUUAUAAAUAUCAUGGUGUCUAAGAACCAAUUAUGGCUUCUUUCAUAUAGCUUCGCAGAACAAAGGAUAUAUCAAGAACUCCAACAUCAAUAAACAUAAGUUCAGACACCAAGUACAAAGAAGCAAAUCUUGAUACCUGUGUGAAGUAUAUUUGGGCAAAAUUGACUCAACGUGAGACCUGAGUGAGAGUUAAAUGAAUGUUUAGAUCUUACACUGGCUUCAUUCUCAAGAAUGAGCAUGCAUGAAACCUGCCCUUGUUUAACUUUAUUAUUUUGAAGUGAGCUACACUUUAGGCAGUAGUUUUCCCAAAUCACUGUAUCUACUCUGAAGGAAAUACAGCUUUCUGCAUGCUGUACUCACCAGGAGAAUGUCACAGGGGCCAUUAGUGGAGGCACAGAAGGUAAAGGACUUCUAUGCUCGAACAGGCUUGCUUCCAAGGCAGCUUGGAGCAUGGGCAGUUGAGAGCUUUCAGAUGUCUUUGCUCUCCUGUAUGGACAUGCCUUGAAAGGGAUUACACUUUAACAGAGGUUUAGAUAUUUCCUCAAUGGCGCUUUGAUAUGUGGCUCCCAAGGUCCACAUUAUUAGUCAUAAAAACAAACACUGUAACCCCUGACACAAAGAAUACAUGCUAGUACAUUUAAGUCCCAAGUGACAUAGAAUGGGAAUGCAGCAUGCUGCCACUGAGGGGUGGAAAUUUCAAAAGUUGCCUCAGAAGCAAGUGGAAAAGAAAGCCAAACUUUUAAUGGGUGAUUUAAAGGUACAAGAACUGUUUGGACAGUACAGGUUGAACAAUUCUUACUUUUAUUAUAAGUGAGAACAUUUAGGCUGCUUUAAAAGGUGGUAGUUUGAAUGCAGUAUUUUUUUUUUUCUUCUGAGAGUCUUUUAAAAUGAAACAAAUAUCUUUCAUGAUGUUGCCUGUUUUUUGCGUUGUUUUCUUUUAUAAGCUGGUAUUAACUAGAAAACACUGUCCAGAGAAAGACAAGAUAAAAACAACACAACGUGGGUGUGAAUGGAAAUAUUGCAGAUAGGUCACCUCAUUUCCUGAGGUAUUUGAAAGGAGAAGUGGAUUUGCAAUGCCGUGCCAUGGAGAAGGCAACUGUCAAAGAGAACCAAAUUCACAGGGGUAAUCGGGCAUUAAUGCUGUUUUUCUCACAACUCAAGAAAAUCUCCACAACAAACGAGUUUAGAAUCUCACAUAUAAAGUAUUUAAACAGAUGGAUAAUCACCACAGCAACCAAAAACACUUCCAGAGAAGUCAUUCAGGAGCAUUCCGUAUUUGCAGACUCCGGUCUCAGGUUUCUGGCAGCAAGCAGGCAAUAUUUUAUGUAACAAAGACAAGCCAGUGUUUUUAGGUAACUCACAGUGGUUUCCAAGGUGGGUAGAAAAUUAAGAGGACCAAACAUAAGCUGCAGGAACAGAAUUUUUUUUAACUCCUCCAAUUACACUUACAGCGACCUGACCAGCUUGUCGCAUAUUCACUACUGCAUCUUAUGUCUCUGCUUCUUUGGAUCUAUAUUUCUGACUUCCUCCUCAUCCACAUAUUUUUCUCACUUUUUCCUCCGCCUUACCAGCAUUGCAAAAAGGACUGCAGCCUCGGUCCGCCUCUGAUCCAGAACACAGUUAUUCUGGCAAAAAUAACGUAAAACUGAGAAGGAGAAACUGAAAGAAACAAUAAUCUGACUGUAAAGAACUUCACAUAAAUCUGUGAGAUAAUUCUCAUCAUUGCCAUACAUGGCAGCAGUCUCUAUUUUCCACAUCUCAGAUGAGCAGCCUACAGACAGCACAAGGCACUCCUUACAAUACUCUUUUCAACCAUCUGAAGUAUUGGGCACUGCUGGCAAGGCAGCAAGAGGCAGGACUGCAUCAGUCUGGGUUUGGACAUGCUCCACACCAAAAACUCUGCAUCAGUGAGUUUAUCAAGCAGCUCCGCAGUAUUUUUGCAUGCAUCAGUACUUGUUAAAUAGCAGCAGCACAUCCAUACAUUCAAUAACGUCCUGUAUGAAACACAAUCUCUCUCAAGGGCUCGCUAUUGCAAAAUUGUCAGUGACGUGGGGUGUGUGCUCUCUGAUGCAUCAGGCACAGCAAACAAGGACGGAACACUGACUCCUACUCAGCUGUACACAAUACACAUUUAAUUGGAGUCAACACAGGGCUUUUAAGAUACCAAAAUAACUCAAAACAAAGCCCAGAUAGGUGAGUGGAAAAGGAGGAGCCCAGUGUGAUUGCUGAUUGUCAACAAGCAGUCAGUAUGUGUAAACACCAUUGAAAGUGAGACAGUUGUUUUUACUGUUUAAAGUUGAGUGCUGGAAACUCACAGAAUCACAGAGUGGCCAGGGUGGGAAGGGACCUCGAGGUCCAAACCCGCUGCCACACGCAGGGCCACCAACCUCCACAUUUAAUACCAGCCCAGGCUGCUCAGGGCCUCAUCCAGCCUGGUCUUGAACACCUCCAGGAAUGGGGCAUCCACAGCCUCUCUGCACAGCUGUUCCAGCACCUCACCACUCUCAUAGUGAAGAACUUCCCCCUGACAUGCAAUCUAAACCUUCCCCCCCUCAACUUAAAACCAUUUCCUUUCAAAGAGUUGAUUCCCCUGCUGUUUAUAGGCUCCCUUUAGGUACUGAAGGGCUGCAAUCAGGUCAUUCCACAGCAUUCUUUCCUCCAGGCUGAACAAGCCCAGCUCCCUCAGCCUGUCUUCAUAGGGGAGGUGCUGCAGCCCCCUGAUCAUCUUAGUGGAUCCAAAAUGAGCUCUCAGAGAAGACCAGUCUGUCAAUCAGUCUGAAAACAGUGAUUCCAGCUUAUUUGUAAGCAUUUAGAACUGCUACUUCUAGCUGAUUGAAAGUUGUUCAGACACAAAAUAAACUAGUUUUCACUGCACAGACUUCCAGAAAUUGACAGGAUUAUAAUUCCUACAUAUAUUUCAACUGUAGUAUUAAGUAAUUUGUGGCUAUGAAACUUCCUAAUGAACUACGAGCAACGAUGAGACCUGCAGAAGGAUUUGGUAAAAGAUGAGCGUUAAUGCAUCUUGGCUGAGCUGCAAAAGUAAUAGUUUUCUUUUACUCUGCCUUUCACGACUUUUAACAGACAAAAUACGUUGCUUUCUGUCCUGCAUUGCUUCAUGACACGAAAUGCCAAUGGCUGCUGUUUGUUUCAUGCAGAAUUGCAAGUCGUUUCACUCUGCUAAUGGGUAAAAGAUUUUGCAGCCCUACUGGCUUGGAAGGCUUAAUUAUAAAUCUUAAUUAUUCACCUGGCCCGUAAUAAAAGCGCCGCAGUGUCCAUCUUACAGCUGCUAGUGGCCUCGCACACUGACUGUGGGGCUGGAUUUUUCGCACCAUGCAGUGCUAAGAAGCCCAAGGCAGAAUAAAAACAAAGGCGAUAACGGACAGUGCGCAAAAGGAGCCGAAGUCCACAAACAGCUUAACAAAAAUGAGGCCGCUAAGUAAAUAAGAGGAACAAGGAACAAACGCAACUGCAGAGCAGCUCACAGGAUCCACGCGUCGCUUCAGGCGUUCUGCUGGACGACGGCCUAAGGGCACUGGCCAGCCGGGGGGAAGGAAAAACACCCCGAAAGCACCCGCAGAACGGCCCACAGCGACCGCUCCCUACCGACGGACCGGCCGACAUGGUGGCGGGAGGCGGGAGCGAAGCGGCGGGGGCGGGGCUCGCUGACGUCUCGCGAUGGCUGGAGGCAAGAGGGAGCCCGCCGCCAUCCCGGCAGCCAUAGCGACGACGCUACCCUCAGUGACGGGAGCAGGCGGGGGGGCGCCGCACAAAGGGGGCGCCGGGCGAGCCCGCAGCCAGCGGCCCCGAGCGAAUUGCCAAAAUGCUUUGGAAUUCUUAAACGAUUCUAAAACUGAAGUUGCUGAAGAUACAAAACUCAUAAGAACACAAGAAGCAGCAAGGAGGAUUCAGUGCCAAUGCAGCAACAAAGAAGACAGCCAGAUUCUCUGUACAACUCCAAAUAAAUAUGCGGUGGUUGAUGCGACCGGAGCAGUGAAGCCUCAGUGCUGUGUUGAUAUUGUGAUUCGUCACAGAGAUGUUCGUGCUGCUCACUAUGGUGUGAUAGAUAAAUUCCGACUGCAAGUGUCUGAGCAAAGCCAGAGGAAAGCACUGGGGAGAAAGGAGAUUAUUGCCACUCUGCUUCCAUCUGCAAAGGAACCACCACAGCAAAAGGAAGAGGAAGAAAAACGAAUAAAGGAACACCUGUCUGAAAGUGUCUUUUUUGAGCAGACUUUGUGUCAACCAGGUAAAAACAGACCUGCCUCAUCGGGACCGAGUUUACUAACAGUCUUCCUGGGAAUAGUGUGUAUUGCAGCACUAAUGCUACCUACAUUGGGGGAAAUGGAAUCCCUGGUGCCUCUCUACCUCCAUUUAAGUGUGAAUCAAAAGUUAGUUGCUGCUUAUGUUUUAGGUCUCAUCACCAUGGUUAUUCUGAGAACAUGAGCAAUGACUUAGCAGGACAUCAAACACCUUACUGUAUAUUCACAUCAUGAAUGUGGACUGCCUUUUACUCCCAUUGGGCUCAUCGAGAUGCUAGCAGCUCUGUUCAGUGAUCUAAGAUACCUUCAGAAGUGUAAUAUAUUUUAACUAUGUAUAAUAAAUGAAAGACUCAAAGCACUUUUAGGUGCUUCUGUAACAGACAGCUAUGAAAUGUUCAGUGAUACCUGUGAAAAUAAUUUGAAACACUUUUAUAUUUACGCCUACUGUAAAAAAAAUCCUUAUUAAAGCAAACAUUUGUUAUUUUUAGUCUAUGUUCACAUCAGUGCGUGAUCACUAUAAAAGCAAACUGUCAUGUAAGCGUUCCUUUGGUUUGUGGCUGUACAUGCUGAGGCUGAUGCCUGACACUUCUGUAUGUGUACCAGAAGGAUGGCAGUCGUGGCUGAUCAUUGAAGCAAAUGGAAAAUUUCAUCAGUGAAACUAUGAAAUAAACCAUUACGUUUAGGUGAAGAAGUAAUUCUCAAAUUCCUUACUUCACUGUUACCCAUGUAUCACUGAGUGCUGGUUUUCUUACCUGGGGAAGUAAUUUCUGCAAGAGACAUUUUGUAUCGGCUGUAGACAAUAAAGACCAGUUCUGUAGUCA